UGUUCUCCUUCCUUAUCUCCUCUCUCUAGAGAGCAAGCCGCUCCCAACAAUACAUUAGCUCUUAAAGAAAUUCCAUCCAACAAAGAGAGAGAGAGAGAAAAAAAAAAAAAAACAGUCUUAGUUUUAUUGCUAGAGAGCUAUUGAGAGAGACCCACCAAAAGAUUAAAUUAAAGGUUGCUCACAGUCUCUCAUAAAAAAGCAUUAGACUGGACCUAUUUCCAUGCGAUCAUGGAAGGAGGUGACGAUCUCCACCGCCCAAAUUUCCCAUUCCAAUUGCUAGAGAAGAAGGAAGACGAGCCAUGCUCUACCUCAGCCUACCCUUCACUCGCCAUUUGCCCCGCCGCCGACGCCAACGCCAUCCAACCCAGCACCGCAGCAGAACCCAGCUCCAAAAAGCCUCCUCCAAAGAGAGCUUCAACCAAAGACCGACACACCAAGGUCGAUGGCCGAGGCCGCCGUAUCCGAAUGCCUGCACUCUGCGCAGCUAGGGUUUUUCAGCUUACACGCGAGCUGGGACACAAGUCCGACGGAGAAACCAUCGAGUGGUUGCUCCAACAGGCCGAGCCCGCCGUGAUAGCCGCCACUGGCACCGGUACAAUCCCUGCAAACUUCACGUCCCUCAAUAUAUCACUCAGGAGCUCCGGCUCUAGCAUGUCAGUCCCCUCCCAACUAAGAUCCUCCUACUUCAAUCCAAAUUUCUCGAUGCAGCAACAGAGAAGAAGUAGUUUGUUUCCGGGUAUUGGGUUGUCAUCCGAAAGCGGCACGUCCAAUCUACUCAAUUUUCAGUCCUCUACCAGCAUGAACUCCAUGCUGCAAGCGAAGCAAGAACUGCGGGACGCCACGUCAUCGUUGGACAUGUCGGAGGCGACGGAGGAGAGUAUAGGAGGGAGGAAGAGAAGGCCACCGGAACAGCAGGACCUAAUGGGAAGCUACUUGUUGCAGUCAAGCACGGGGGCCAUUCCGGCCAGCCAUGGUCAGAUUCCGGCCAACUUUUGGAUGGUUGCUAACUCUAAUAACCAAGUCAUGAGUGGUGACCCGAUAUGGACGUUUCCUUCGGUUAAUAAUAGUGCGGCUGCUUUGUAUAGGGGCAACAUGUCUAGUGGGUUACAUUUCAUGAAUUUCCCUCCCCCAGCUGUGGCCCUAAUGCCUGGGCAGCAACUGGGGUCAGGAAUUAGUGGUGGUGGGAACAGCAGUAGUAUGAGUGAAGGCCACUUGAACAUGCUUGCUGGGUUUAAUCCAUAUCGGCCGAUUUCAGGUAAUAGUGUUUCGGAGUCUCAGGCGAGCGGGUCUCACUCGCAUCACGGUGGCGGCGAUGAUCGGCACGACACAACUAGUCACCAUUCAUAGAUCAUGAUCAUCUUCAGCUACAAUAUGUGUAGCAGUUUGAUUUGUAACACACGUGAGGAUUGAUUGUUCAUCUUAAAUAUUUGAGUUUUAUAAUUUCUCAAAUAUUGUUUUGUUUUCUGUGUGUGAUUAAUAUAACGUUCUUAGGGUUUGGGAAAGACACUAUAUUUUAACAUCGAUCGGUGUUGGCUGGUUUUUAUUUUCUACUAAAAGACGCAUUUGGGAUUUUCACUACACAAUAUCUUAUCAUCAUUGUUUGUGCAA